AUGUGCCUUUCGCAUCCUUUAAAUGAUAAACCUCAUCACCAUCCUCCAGUGUUUGAUGGAACUGAUAAGACAGUACCAACGGACUUACAGGACAAAUCAGUCGUUGAUGAAAUUGAGGAGGUCAAUGAAGCUGAAGCUCGAGAAAAUGUUCUUGCAGCAAUGAGGGAGAUUCAAAAUGCAUCCUGCGUGCGAUUCAAAGACAAGGAAGAUGGCGACAAACACUGGAUUAAACUGGUCAAAAAAGCCGGGUGUUGGUCCAAUAUUGGCCGAGAGUACAGUGUGCCUGGAGCCCAGGAGCUCUCCAUAGGUGUAGGAUGCAACACUAAAGGAAUCAUUACGCACGAGCUCAUGCACGCCCUCGGGUUCUGGCACGAGCAGUCCCGCACAGAUCGGGACGACUAUAUAGCAGUAUUAUGGGAGAACAUUAAAAAUGGUCAACAAAGAAACUUCAACAAGUAUCCGACAGAAGAGGUGGACUAUGCUGGCGGAAUGUACGACUUUGAGAGCAUCAUGCAUUAUGGCAAUUACUUGUUCUCCAAGAACAGAAAAAUGACAAUGGUCGCACUGAAAAAUCCCACCUUGCUAUUCGGCCAAAAGCUACGUCUGAGUAAGACGGACAUUUUGCAAUUAAACGCCGUCUAUGACUGCAAAAUUCUGUACUGGGACGAGGUGAAGGGCCUUUCUGUGGAUAACACACGAUACUGGCCAGAGUCACGUGAUUAG